GCGCCCGAUAUCGCUAUUGAAAUAUAUAUAUAUAUAUAUACCCAUAUAUAUGUAUAGCCGAUUCGUACAUAUAUGAAUAUCGCAUAUCGUGCAUAUCGUUCAAGUUCAAAUAUCAAAAGAGUUUCCAGCCCAAUUGUGGGAAUUAAAGAAGAUCUUCUAAACAAAUCAAACAAACGACAACCGCAACGAGCAACGAAGAAACAAACAACGCAACAACAACGACCACACUUAAUACUGCCAUAACACCUACACACACACACACACACACGGGCGCACACACAGCAAACAACUUUCGUUAAACACAUUUCUCCACUAUCUACGGAACAACUGAAACUAAAUCGAACCCAACCCAUUAGCCGAAGAUAAGCGGCUGACUACGAACUGAGUGCCCAUUGCAUUUUUCACUUCCUUGGAAGUUUACCCAAGGAAACGACGACGAAGCGGAGGAGAGAGAAGUAAAAGAAAAGGAGCAGCGGAAGUCGAAGUGAAGCAGCGAAGACGACGCCAGAAUGUCCACACUAUCGCUGCGCAUUCAACUGGAGGGUGGUCGGGUGACCAAGACCAUACAGUUCCAGCCCAACACCACAGUCUUCGAUGCCUGCAAGGUCAUUCGCGAUAAGUUCGCCGAGGCAGUGCAAGGACAACCCAGCGAAUAUGGAAUGUUUAUCUCUGACGAGCAGAACCAGCAGGGGGUUUGGUUGGAACCGGGACGCACCCUGGGCUACUACAUACUGCACAACCAGGAUACGCUGGAGUAUCGCCGCAAGACGCGAACCCUACGUGUUCGCAUGUUGGAUGGCGCUGUAAAGACCAUUCUGGUGGAUGACUCCCAGCCGGUGUCGCAGCUUAUGGUGGUCAUCUGCACAAAGAUCGGCAUCACCAAUCAUGAGGAAUAUGGAUUGGUGCGCGAGGACAACGAGGCGCAGAAUGAGAAUCUGCCGGACAACAAGUUUGGAACGCUCACCCUUAAGCGAAAGAUUAUGGAGAAAGAUCGCGAUGCCAAAAUGGAGAGUUUGCGCAAGAAACUAAAGACGGACGACGAAAUGAACUGGGUGGAUGUGAGCCGCACCUUGCGAGAGCAGGGAAUAGAUGAGGCAGAAACUGUUUUGCUCCGUCGGCGCUUUUUCUUCUCGGAUCAGAAUAUCGAUUCUCGGGACCCCGUGCAAUUGAACUUGCUGUAUGUCCAAGCCAGGGAUGCCAUUCUGGAUGGAACGCAUCCUGUCACUCAAGACAAAGCUUGCGAGUUUGCUGGCAUCCAAGUGCACAUUCAAUUUGGACCGCAUAAUGAGGCCAAGCACAAGACCGGAUUUCUAGAUUUGAAGGACUUCCUGCCUCAGUCUUAUGUUCGCACCAAGGGAAUCGAGAAGAAAAUCUUUUCGGAGCACCGAAAGCAUGUGGAUCUAUCCGAAAUCGACGCCAAAGUCCUGUACACUAAGACCGCCCGGGAGUUGCCCACCUACGGCGUUACCUUCUUUCUGGUCAAGGAGAAGAUGAAUGGCAAAAACAAGCUUGUUCCCCGUCUACUCGGAGUGACCAAGGAUUCGGUGCUGCGCCUAGACGAGCACACCAAAGAGAUUUUGAUCUCGUGGCCCUUGACAACAGUACGACGUUGGGGCGCCUCGCCAAACACCUUCACCCUGGACUUUGGCGACUACGCCAAUCAAUACUACUCGGUGCAGACGACGGAGGCCGAGCAGAUUGUCCAGCUUAUUGCUGGCUACAUCGAUAUUAUUCUUAAGAAGAAGCAAACCAAGGAUCAUUUCGGCAUCGAAGGCGAUGAGGGAUCCACAAUGGUGGAAGAGUCAGUGGCACCAUCCAAAGCCACAUUCUUGCAACACGAAACGAAUCGCAUGGAGCAACUAAAUGUGGAGAGCUUGGCUCAUCCAGGCAUUAUGCGUCCAUAUGACGGCGAGCGCUCUUAUAUGGAGAAUGAAGUGCAGACCGUGCAGUACGGUGCCUUCGUCGGCCAGGUGAACCAUGCCCACCAGCCCCCCACGACUAAGGAAGUUCGCAUUAGUUCUGUAAAUCUGACGGAGCCACAGCGAGCUCUGCUGGGUUACAUAUCCGCUGGUCAGGAUGUCUUGAUUCGCGCUGACGAAGAGCUGCGCACCAAGGCACCCAUCCAAGAGCUUGGCAGCGAUUUGCGCUCUAUUGAAUGGCGUGAGAACACCUUGGACACUUCCAAGCAGGCGGUUAGCAGUCAUGUGGCCACCAUGAGCGCUGCCACUGCCCAAAUUAUAACCGCCUCUCAUCCGGAUGAAGUGGAUACGGAAGCCAUUUCGGCCUCGGUCUCCCAGAUCGCCCAAACAAUUCCGGAGGUGACCAAGGAAGUGCGUCUUAUUGCCGCCUUAAUGGAGAACGACACGAAUGGUGACCAACUGCUGGAGGCCGCCCGCAACUUGUGCAACGCCUUCAGUGAUCUCCUCAAGGCAGCCGAACCAGAGAGCAAGGAACCGCCACAGCAUCUGAUCAACGCAGCGAGUCGAGUGGGUGAAGCUACAACUCAUGUACUCAGCACUAUUGCCGAAGAAGAGGUACCCGAGAACCGUGACCUCCACGACAUGCUCCUAGCCUUGGCCAAGGCGGUGGCCAACACCACUGCUGCCCUUGUGCUGCGUGCUAAGAACAUUGCCGCGAACUGUGAGGAUGAACAGGCCAGGAACCGUGUUAUUGGAGCUGCCAGUCAGUGUGCCCUGGCUACGAGUCAAUUGGUGGCUUGUGCCAAGGUGGUGGCACCAACGCUACACAAUGCUGCCUGUCGUGAGCAACUCGAAGCGGCUGCCAAAAAUGUGGCCAGAGCCGUCAAUUCUUUGUGCGAGGUCUGCAAUGAAGCCAGCAAUGACCCUAAGCUGAAGGCCGAUCUCCUUGCAGCGGCUCGUGACGUGUCCAAGAGCCUUACUGAUAUGCUGGAGCACGUAAAGCUGAGCUCCAGGGAGCAUGCCAAUCGCACCAGCACCGAAUUGAGCCCCGUGGAGAACGUGAUAAUCGGCACUGAUAUUCUGGUAUCCACUCACGAUCCCCAGGAGAUGGUGCGCCAUGCACGUACCCUUGGACAAACAACUGCUCAGCUUAUCCAGAGCAUCAAGGGGGAAGCGGAUCAGCAACAGGAUGCAGACAUGAAGCGUCAUCUGUUGUCCGCCGCCAAGCAGCUGGCGGAUGCCACUGCUAAGUUGGUAGAGGCCGCUCGUCUCUGCUCAUCCAACCCGCAUGAUUCGGAUAACCAAAACGCUUUGCGUAAGGCAGCGGAGGAACUUCGGGAGAUCACCACUACUGCGGCUAACACGCCUGCGAUGAAACGUGGACUUAUCCAGCGAUUGGAAUUCUGUUCGAAGCAAGCAGCCUCAGCAGCUACUCAGUGCAUCUCGGCGGCUCAGAACGCAGUCCAGCACAGCCAAGACCAUCAGACUAAGGAAACCCUUCUGCAGGAUUGCAAGCGAGUGGCGGACACUAUCCCACGACUAGUCACCUCGUUGAAAACAACCCGUGCCCAACCCGAUGACCCUAAUGCCCAGCUAAAUCUCAUCGAGGCUGCUGAACAGUUCAUUGAACCUGCUCUGCAGGUGUCAAAAUCGUCGCGGGCUCUACAGCCCACUGUCACUGAUAUUCCAUCCGCUACCCAACUGUCCAAGGGUGCCUUGCACUUGGGACAAUGUGUCUCGGAGCUACAUUCGGUAGCACAGCGUGCUCGUGAUGCCUGUGGUGGUCAGGAACUGGAGUCAGCCUUAGAGGAGGUGCGCAAACUGCAUGACGUGUUGGAUGAUACACGCCAGGCUGCUAUCGCCGGGCAGUUGCGUCCAUUGCCGGGACAAACCGUGGAGAAUACAGCCGAUGAGCUAAGAAAAUCGGCAAAGAACGUGGGAAUCGCCUUGAGCCAACUGCUCUCCUCUGUGCUACACAACCAGCGCAGCUACGCUGGAGCUGCUGGACGGGACACUGCCCUGGCAUUGGGCGAUUUCACCAGGAGCGUACACGGAGUGGCGGCCACAACACAGAAUCCAGCAAUCAUCGACUGUGCUGAUGAUGUGGUUACCAGCUCGGCGCGACUCAUUGAGCAGGCCCAACGCACGUUGCAGGGAGCAACUAACCCGGAAGCUUUGUCUCAAGCUGGACGAGAGGUCACCGGAGCCCUUUCCGCCACCGUUGACUGCAUUCCCGGACAGCGAGAAGUGGAUGUGGCUUUGAGGAAUGUCAGCGAAUUGAGUGAAAUCCUAUCAAUGAGUGAAUUCCCACCUUCAAGCCGUCCAUAUGCCACUCUGCAGUCGGAACUUAAACAAGUGGCAGAGCAGUUGAGCAGCGCCGGUGGUGAGAUUGUGGUGUCGUAUUCCUCUCCCGCUUUGCUGGCCGAGAGUAGCCAAAACUUUGCUGCCAACUAUCGGGAUCUAUUGUCCGUCAGCAUGGAAAUGGCCGGCCAAACGCAGGAAGAGGAGGUGCGCUCGCAUAUGAUCGAGUCCCUGCGUCAUGUCUCCACUCAAUCAUGCUCUCUCCUCUCGACGGCAAAGUCGAUUGCCGCCGAUCCCGGUCAGCCUAAUGCUAAGAACCUGCUGCAUGCCGCUGCCCGAGGAGUGACCGAGAGUAUCAAUCAGUUGGUUGAUGCCAGCAUCCAAUCCGCUCCCGGACAAAAGGAGUGCGACAACGCUAUGCGCAACAUUGAAGCCUUGCGUCUCAUGUUGGACUAUCCUCAUGAACCUAUCAACGAGUUGGGAUACUUCGAUUGCGUGGAACAGGCCACUGGAAAGUCAAGGAACCUUGGCUAUGCUAUCUCCGAGAUGAUCAAUAAUGCCAAGCAGUCGCAGCAUGUGGAGUUUAGUCAAUCGGUGAAUAACGUUAACGACUCCAUUCAGGGAUUGAUCGAGAGCUCAUCGCAGGCCGCCUAUUUGAUUGGAGUUUCGCAUCCUUCAAGUGUCGCAGGAAGACCAGGAAUCAUCGACCAAGCCCAGCUUACUUGGGCCUACCAGGGAAUCCGUCAGCACUGCGACAUUGUGAGCAGCCAGCAGUCUACUAAGCCGCAAAUGAUUUCUGCCCUUACGGUGAUUGCAAAGCACACCAGUUAUCUGUGCUCCAUUUGCCGUCAGGCCUCGAUGAACACAUCGAACCCUGUGGCCAAGAACGAGUUUAUUGUGCUGGCUAAGCAAGUGGCCACGGCUACUUCGGACUUGGUGCAGGCUAUCAAGGCUAUUGAGGAGCAGCCGGCUGGCGGAAGUCGAGAGCGUCUGGUGGAUCCUUUAUUGGAAGCUGUCAAGGCUGUGCGUCAGUAUGCUUCGAGUUCAGAGUUCAGUUCAGUGCCAGCGAAGAUAUCUGCGGAGGGCAGGAAAGCCCAGGAGCCAGUCAUCCAAGCGGGUCGCGGUGUAAUCGAUGGUGUUGUAGAGAUGGUCAAGGCUGCCAAGUCAUUGGCCCUAACCCCCGAUAAUCCGCCAGUGUGGCAACAGCUCUCCAUGCACUCCACUCCGGUUUCGGAGUCGGUAAAGCGAUUGGUGGACAAUAUUCGCGACAAGGCGCCUGGGCAGGCACAGUGCGAACAGGUGCUCCACACACUGGGCACAUGUACGCGAGAAUUGGACAGUUGUGCCCUUGCCGUUAAUGCACAGGGUCUCAGUCAGCGACGGGAUAACAACUUGCACGGAUUCAGUGGCCAGACGAUGAACUCUGCUUCCGAGCUUAUUGACAAACUGGAACCUAUUCGUGUGGCUGGCAAGAACAAUGCCGAACAACUUGGUCACGCUGUGGGCGAAAUCUCGCGUUAUGUGGUGCCCAUGGUUAAUGGAGCAAUUGGAGCUUGCACCCACAUUGUUCACAGUCAACAGCAAAUGUCGCUAAUUCAGCAGACCCGUUCGGUGGUGGAAAGUGCCAUUACCCUGGUCCAAUCGGCCAAGGAUUCGGCUGGCAAUCCUCGUGCCACUCAUGCCCAUCCCCGACUGGAUGAUGCAAUCGAUGGCACAAGGGAGGCCAUUCAGGAGCUGCAGCAAACCGUGGAGAAGAUCAAUGCAGAAACGGGCAUCGUGACCGGAUUGAUGGAGCAGGUGAACCGUUCCAUCACCCGUUUAACCGAUAAGCGGCAGUCCCUGCUGAACGCCUCGUACUCGGACACCUUUGUUGAUUACCAGACGCGAAUGGUGGCGCGAGCAAAGGAAAUCGCCAGUCUGGCCAACGAGAUGAACGCCAAGAGCAGCGUUGAACCAUCGGCUCUACCUCAACUCGCCGUGGACAUGACACAAAACUAUCAACAGUUGACUCAGGACUCCGUUGGAGCAAGUACAACCACUUCCUCGCCGGAUGUGGCAAUGCGUAUUCGCACCACGGUAAUUGAUUUGGGCCGAUCGGUGAGCUCUAUGAUUCAGUCGUCGGCCGGCGGAGCACGACCCAACGAUGUGGGUGCCCAAAAAGAAAUUGCACGCAGCGCUCGGGAGGUGUCCGAAAAGGUGGCCCAGGUGCUGGCGGCUUUGCAGGCGGGAUCGCGUGGAACUCAGGCGUGCAUUAAUGCAGCCCACACGGUAUCCGGCAUCAUUGGAGACUUGGAUACAACCAUUAUGUUCGCUACUGCCGGAACUUUGCAUUCGGAUGGAGAUGGAAGCUUUGCCGACCACCGCGAGCACAUACUUCAAACGGCAAAGGCUUUGGUGGAGGACACCAAGGUUCUGGUGACUGGAGCGGCUGGAACUCAGGAUCAGCUAGCCAACGCCGCUCAGAAUGCUGUCUCAACCAUAACUCAACUGGCUGAGGCAGUGAAGCGAGGUGCCUGCUCGCUAGGCUCUACCCAACCCGAUUCCCAGGUCAUGGUCAUCAAUGCCGUCAAGGAUGUAGCCUCUGCACUUGGCGAUUUGAUUAACUGCACUAAGUUGGCCUCCGGCAAGUCCAUCAACGAUCCCUCCAUGCAGGAUCUUAAGGAGAGCGCCAGGGUUAUGGUGCUGAAUGUGUCCUCCCUGCUAAAGACUGUGAAGGCUGUCGAGGAUGAGCACACUCGCGGAACUCGUGCAAUGGAGGCCACCGUAGAAGCCAUCUCGCAGGAGAUUCGGGCCAUGCACUCUCCCCCACCAGUUGGCAACACCCAGGUGGGACCCGAGGAUCUGAUCCGAGUGACCAUGAAUGUGACGGCCGCCACGGCCAAGGCUGUUGCCGCCGGAACCUCCAAUCUGCAGGCUGAUAUUGUAUCUGCAGCCAAUCUGGGACGCCGUGCCAUCUCUGAAAUGCUUAUCGUCUGCCGCUCCGUGGCCUGGAACUGUGCCGAAACGGAGGAGCUGAGAUCACGCACUCUGGAGGCAGGAACUGCUGUCGGGGAAUCGUACCGCGAUCUGCUCAGUGGAAUCCUUCACAACUGCAGUGCCGACGAUCGCAUGCAUUUGUCGCGUCGCGUGGCCAAGUGCGUCACCGAUCUGGUGGCCAUGGCCAGGCUGCUCAAGGGCUCCGAUUGGAUCGAUCCCGAGGAUCCCACAGUCAUUGCUGAGAACGAGCUGCUGGGCGCUGCCGCCUCCAUCGAUGCCGCCGCCAAGAAAUUGGCUUCACUGCGUCCUCGCCGUCAGGCCGAUGUCAAGAUUGAACUCGACGAAAACAUGAAGUUUGACGAAAUGAUCUUGGAGGCUGCCAAGGGCAUAAUGGGAGCAUCUGCUGCCUUGGUGCGUGCUGCGAACGCUGCUCAGCGUGAGCUCAUCGAUACGGGCAAGGUGGCCCGUCGUCCGCUAACAAGCUCCGACGAUGGUCAGUGGUCGGAGGGUCUCAUUUCGGCCGCUCGUCUUGUGGCCGCUGCCACUCACAGCCUGGUGGAGGCAGCCCAGAACCUGGUGCGCGGAGUGGGCACCGAGGAGAUGCUUAUUUCCACAGCCAAGCAGGUGGCCGCUUCCACGGCUCAGCUACUGAUUGCCUGCAAGGUGAAGUCUAAUCCAAACUCUGAGGCCGGUCGUCGUCUUCAGGCCGCUGGCAAUGCAGUGAUCAAGUCCACAGACAACCUGGUGCACUCUGCACAACAGGGCCUGGAAGCAGAGGAGGAACAUUCGCUUAAGAUCAACACAUCGAUGGUCGACGGUAUGGCGCAGGAGAUCAACGCUCGAUCCGCCGUGCUACGCAAGGAAAAGGAACUGGAGGAGGCGCGACAGCUUCUGAAGAAUGUACGCCAUGCGCAGCGCUACGCGAAGAACGCUCAGGGAUUCACCACAGACGAAAGUGACACCGAGUACGCCUAUAGAAGCCAGAACAAUACUUUGGGUCGCAGCGGUUACUACGGAUCCAGCGAAAUGCCCAGUUCGCCAAGCUACUUGUCCGGUGGGCAGCAGCAGAAGCAUUACUAUAACCAUGCCAGUCCUCAGCCGCAGCACUUCCAUCACCCAGGAGCGGUGUCUCCACCGCCGUCAAACUAUCCACCGAUGGAUGAUCCCAAUGGUGACUUCCCACCACCACCGCCACCACUGUCUACAACCAUUUCUAACAUGCAAACCGCCACAUCGGGUCACAGUUUCCGCCCUAAUCCCAAGCUAACAGCCAAUGCCGUGCCCAGGCCCUAUCCAGGUAGUCCUGGCGGCAGCAAUGGCCUAAUCCCUGCACCCACCACAUCAGGCACACCCACUAACACAAACUACCAGCAAAGUUAUGAGUCGUCCAGCAUUAAAACGCUAAACUCAUCCCCACCGGCGGUGCCAAAGAAGCCCGCUGUAAACCGGAAUCUGGCGGCGUGUGUGCAGGAUCUCCAUGACAAGACGUUCGGUCAGGGCGGCGUAGUACAACUUACGGGCGGAAAUGGCUAUCCAGGUCAAAACUACGAGGGAUACACGUCUAGAUAUGAGACGCGUAACUUCGACAAGUCAGCCAAUAAUACCACCAGCAGCAGCAGUGAACUUGGAGCGGUCAAGCCAUUGGAGUCAAGUUUCUCGCAGAUGACCCUUAACACCGAUGGCGGUAAGAUCAGCAUUGUUGACCAAGGCUCGGAGCGACUCACCUCGAUGACCCAGCGUGUGAUGGAGCGCAAGUCCUUCACCACAACAACGGAAUCCCGUUCGGAGACGAAGACGGAAAAGCACAGUUUUCGAUUGGACUGAGCGUUCCAAUUGAAGCAAUUCUAGUUGCUUAAGUAAAUGUUGUAUGAUUGCCAAAAGUGCUUUUAACAUUUACACACCCAUAAACAUACUAAUAGAAAUAAUUUAAUAUUAAUUGUAAUUAGCCACUAGCGAAACUACAUCUAUAUGCCUCUACCCAUACCAUAUAAUCAGCCUAAUAUUAACAACCUAAUCUUGCUAAUCGAGUUUCAAUGUUUUCGUAUAUCUGUGUUCUACGUGUUUAUUUGCCAUUAAAUUGCCCAUAUAUAUUUA